UCUAUUAUAAAAGCAGGUGCACAAUUCCACAUUCUCUAAAGCAUCUGGUGAGCUCCUCAGAUUACUUGUUGUGAAGCCAUGAUCGUGAAAUUAAUUGCCAUUUGCGUUGUGGUGCUGGUCUCUUUUGGCAGCUUCUGUGAUGCAACACCUGGUAUACCAUCACCUCCCAAACAACCACUUCAGCAAUCCCACCAGCAUUUGCAGACAUUUGAGAAAGAGCUCACCUGGAAAUACCCUGAUGAUCCCCAGCCUGACCCCAAGCCAAAUGUGCAGUUUGAGCUGAGAUAUCCAGCAACGGUUCCUGCUGCAACCGUUGCUGUUGACUGCAGAGAAGCCGUAGCUCACGUGGAGGCCAAGAUGGACCUGUUUGGCAUCGGACAGCCCAUCAAUCCAAGCGACCUCGUCUUGGGUAACUGUCCACAUACUGGAGAAGACCCUGUCGCUCAAGUGCUGAUUUAUGAAGUCGAACUGCAUAAAUGUGGAAGCCAGCUAACUAUGACAGAUGAUGCCCUGGUCUACACCUACUUUCUCAACUAUAGCCCUUCAAAUUUGGGUAUUACUCCAAUUGUAAGAACCACCCAAACUCCUGUGAUUGUGGAAUGUCACUACCCAAGAAAGCACAAUGUGAGCAGUCUUCCUCUUGAACCCGUGUGGGUCCCUUUCUCUGCAGUUAAGAUGGCUGAGGAGUUCCUGUAUUUCACUAUGAAACUUAUGACUGAUGACUGGCUUAAUGAAAGGCCAAGCUACCAGUAUUUCCUUGGAGACCUGAUCCGUAUAGAGGUCACCGUCAAGCAGUACUUCCAUGUACCCCUGCGUGUUUACGUGGACAGAUGCGUGGCUACCCUCUCACCUGAUGCAACUUCCAGCCCCUAUUAUGCUUUCCUUGAUAACUUUGGGUGUUUGAUUGAUGCCAGGAUCACAGUCUGUGACUCAAGGUUCAUGGCUCGCACUGAAGAGAAUAAACUUCAGUUCCAGUUGGAGGCCUUCAGGUUCCAGAAUCCCGAUAGUGGAUUGAUCUACAUUACCUGCCACUUGAAGGCAACAACUACUGCCCAUCCCAUAGACGGCCAGCACAGAGCUUGUUCCUACAUUGGCGGAUGGAGAGAGGCUAGUGGAGUUGAUCCAGCUUGUGCUUCUUGUGAGUCUGGUGAUGUGAUAUCGUAUACCGCUCCAGGAGUUGCAUUCGGUAACCCCCUCGUCAUUACCAGUGAUGGUGGAGGAGGACAACAAACUCCUCAAGUCCCUUAUAAUCUCCCAUUUUCAAGGAAAGCUCGUGAUGUGACCCAACCUGAACUUUUGGAAUGGGAAGGCGAUGUCACUCUGGGUCCCAUCCCCAUCAUGGAGAAGAAACUCUGACAAGCAGAAGUGUCGCAUGAUUUGCCUCUGUAGCCGUGAACACCAAAAUAAACAGUAUCAUUGGUUCAUA